AUGUCACGGAAUAACGUUGCGGUUCCGGCGUGGCUGGCGCUGAUGCUGCUGGUCGCGGUCGCCACUCAUCAGCCCUGUCUGGCAUCGACCGACGAGCUACUGGAGUGCCGCGCGAAUCUCACGGCGCAUCUGAAAAAUCAGACCUACCUUGCGGAGCGCGUCCAGCAAUCCACCUACAUUUUCACCGGAAAAAUCAAAACUCUUCAGCCGGGCUGGAUCGAGGUCAAAGUGAAGCGAGCCCUCAAAGGCUUGGACGCGUCCGAGUCGAGCGGAAGUGUGCGCCUGGCGAUAAACGGCACCUGCGCCAAGUAUAUCAGAAACAGCUAUACCGGUAUAUUCAUGGGCAGACUCGUGGGCGACGAUAAGGACACCGCCGACGUGAAGACGACGUGGAUGCACUUCGGACCCGUGCCGAUGACACUGGCCAAUCUCGACAGACUCAACGCAGCGCUAAAAGGUAAGGGUACAAUUUUUCAACUUCUACGGAAAAGAAAACGGCCUACGUUGUAA